AUGGGUCUCGCCGGCGGCUUAAGGACUCUGUUGUUGGUACAAGCCUGCACGUUCGGCCCCAUUAUCUUCCACUGCUACUACGCCCAUCCUCCCUUCACCAAGGACACCUACACCACAUGGUCGUGUGCCGCUUUCAUUGAGAUCUACAUCCACAUGUCCUACUUGGCGGUUUGGAUUGCCUACAAGGAACCCAGCUUUGUGCAUUCAGCCAUUUGGACAUUUCUCAUAUUCUUGACUGGCUGCACGGCGAUUUGCAGCUACAUCUUCAUUCAGUUCCUCAAGCUGUCACCUGAAGAAUCUGCACAAGACCCUAUCUACCAUGUGCUGUUGCGCCAUGAACACAGGAACAACGAGGAAGAAAAGGGCAAGAAGAAGUCUGCUUCAGUGGGCGUUGCAAGAGCUGGCUUCAUAGUUUUGACUUGUUUGAUGGUAGCAACUCUGCUUUACUCUCUUCUCACUGCGGGUUCUCCUUUCCGUGAGGAGGUCUUCCUCGCCCCGUGGGUGAUAACAACACUGAUCGACCACUCUUAUCUCUCUGUGGUUCUGCUGGUGUGGAUUGCCUAUAAGGAAACAAGUUGGCUGAGUGUCUCCCUGUGGAUGGUUCUGUUCAUAUGUCUUGGCAGUCUUGCUUUCGGUGCUUACAUGACAAAACAGCUGUUCCAACUCACUUCUCAAGAUCCAGCCUACCUAGUUUUGUUGAAACGCAACCACGGCAGGGCUGACAGAGUUCCUCUCCUCGGUUCAGGUCAAGCUAGUAGCGGCCAGGGCCAAGGGAAUUAG